AUGACUCAAGUAACUGGACAGUGCAUUUCACUUCGACACGUUCUAAAGAAAUUCUUUGAACUUCCAGAUGCUUUUAAUAGUACGUUACAAUACAUCCAGAAAAUUCAAUCAGAGUCAGAUACAAUUUAUAACUUUGUACAGUGUAAAAGAUGGAGGGAUGUAAUCACUAAACAUUUUAAGAAAUCUGAUAUUGUGUUCCCACUUCUUGUUUACUACGACGAUUGGGAACCCAAUAACCCUCUCGGACCGCAUUCCGAAAAGAUGGGUUCGGUAUAUGUAACAAUACCGUGUCUACCUCCAGAGUGCCAAUCCAAGCUUGACAAUAUUUUUGUAGCUCUUUUGUUUUAUGCUGAUGAUAGAAAACAGUAUGGCAACAAGAAAACAUUUGCUCCUUUAGUUACCGAACUUACAUACUUAGAAUCGGAGGGAAUAGUUAUAAAUACAACGGAAGAGGAAAAAAGAGUUUAUUUUGCUACUGGCCUUUUCAUUGGAGACAAUCUUGGUAUUCAUUCAAUGUGCGGGUUUGUUGAAAGCUUUUCCGCGAAUUUCAUGUGUCGGUUUUGUAAAGCAUCCAAAUUUUUGACUGAAACGCAAUGCGUUGAAGAUCCAACUCUAUUAAGAAGCUCAGAGAGCUACUACAAUGACUUAGCCUUAGAAAACCCACGGUUGACCGGGAUCAAAGAGGAAUGUAUUUUUAACGCUAUACCUUCAGUGGAUAUUAUCGAAAUGCCUUUCGUUGAUAAAAUGCUUAAUCACAGAAUGUAUAUGUUUGAUUAUGGUUUUUAUGAUGGUUUAAACAAACCACCUUGCAUAACUCCUGAAAUGUUAUUAGGCAAAAAUAAACUCAAAAUGACAGCAA